AUGCAGCUCACUCCAGAACAGGUGGCCUCGUAUCACCAGAAUGGAUAUCUCUUCCUACGCGUCAAUGAGCAUCAACUCGUUGACCCAACAGCUAUGAAGCAAUGGACGGAGGAGAUUAAAACCUGGCCCCGUGUCAAGGGAAAGUGGAUGCCCUAUGACGAGAUCAACAUGAACGGCGAGCGCCAACUCAUGCGUACUGAGCGCUUCAUCGACUUCCACCCUGAAUAUAAAGACCUUGUCUGCGGCGAGAAGCUAGGUGAAAUUCUCAAGGCUGUUUCUGGUGAUGACAUGCUUCUCUUCAAAGACAAAAUCAACUAUAAGCAACCCUUUGGCAACGGCUUCCAAGCCCACCUUGACGCGCCCGCAUAUGAUCACAUCGGUCGCAUCGAGCACGUAACUGCCAAUGUUGCCAUUGACGCAGCCACAAUUGCUAACGGCUGCUUGGAGGUGGUACCUGGAUCCCACAAGAUGGAGGUUGAGUUCGAUGAAACCAAUCGUAUCAAGCAGUCAUGGGAGGAUGAGCACGAGUGGGUUACCCUACCAAUGGAGCCUGGUGAUAUGCUCAUUUUUGGUUCUCAUCUUGCGCAUCGCUCGGCUGCAAACAAAACGGAUAAGAGUCGUGCUAGUCUUUAUGCAACUUUCCAUUCCAAGAGUGAUGGAUUGGAUCUGAGAGAGAGAUAUUACAAGCAUCGGAUGGAAAAUUUCCCUCCAGAGCAUGAGCGUGUUGAAGGAAAGGAUUAUUCGGCUGGUUACAAAACUUAUGGAUUUGCUGCACCAUUCACACGCAUGAACCAGGUUGCGGCUGGCCAAGCUGUGGCUGGGCAGUGA